GUCCGUUCCAUCGUUCUGCCAUUGCUUGCUGUUCUGAUCCUGCAUUCCCACAUAUUUCUAGCAGCAAGGCAAAGCGAGGCACUAGCACCCGUUCCGGGUCACUGCCACUCAGCGGAGCGGCUCAGAUAUUCACCGGCACCAUCCCACAAGUGCGUGUCGACAGGAAUUCACAGAAUGGCGACUUCCUGCGCUUCGAUCUGCGCAGGAGCAUUCAAGCGACACAAGCAUGUGUCGCCUCUUCCUGCCGUGUUUUACACGCACGGUUCUCUUGGAAAACAGCAGGAAACCAUGUGUUACCUGGCCUUCUGCCCACGUUCUAAUGAAACCGCCAAGAAAAUACCACUAUGCAUGUUUGGCCUUGGGCUUGUGGAGGUGAUGCGCCUCGAAAUACCACGGUGGCAGCGUAAGGCAAGGAGUGAAGGGCACAUCCUGUGAAUGUGAUAAUAAUGAAGGCUUCCU